AUGCCAAGUGAAACACCAAACCAAGCAUUACAUAGGCAAAUAAAAUUGAGUUCAUUCAAUUCCAUAACAAUUGAUGCUACCAAUAUGUUGCUGUUGUUAAUGUUGCUUACCAUGCCGUCUUCAUUUGCUCAACUAAGGCCGGAUUAUUAUGCUACUUCAUGCCCAAACGUUAAAACUAUCGUUAGAAAUGUGGUACAAGAGGCAAUGUUAUCUGAUCCUGACAUUGCAGCUGCCCGCCUUCGACAGCAUUACCAUGAUUUCUUUGAUAAUGGAUGUGAUGCAUCAAAUUUGUUGGACAAUAGUCCUACCAUAAGAAGUGAGAAAGAUUCGCCAGCAUUGAAGUUUGCAAGAGGCUACGAAGUUACUGACAAGAUCAAGUCUGCUGUCGAGGCUUCUUGUCCUGGAGUUGUGUCUUGUGCUGAUAUCGUGACUCUAGCAGCUGAGACUUCGGUUUCCUUGUCAGGAGGGCCUUCAUGGACUGUGAUGUUAGGAAGGAAGGAUGGUACAGCGGCAUUUCCAGCAAAAGCCGACGUAGAUGUUCCUUCUGCCUAUGUUAACUUGAGCAAUGUUGCCUCCAAAUUCUUCAAGAAAGGCCUCGAUCUCACUGACCUUGUUGCAUUAUCUGGUGCUCAUACAAUUGGACGUGUUCACUGCUCGAUAAUGAAACCUCGGCUAUAUAAUUCUGCUCCUCCUGGAAGUCCAGGUUUGAAUCCAUUAUACUUGUCGAAGUUGCAAGAAACUUGUCCCGAAAAUGGAGGUAUGGAUCCUGAGACAGAGCUUGAUCUUGGAAGCCCCAGAACAUUUGACAAUAGCUAUUUCAUCAAUCUUCAGAGUAAUGGAGGCCUCCUAAUCACAGAUCAAGAUCUAUAUUCAACUUCUGGAUCUCCCGCUACUGUAUAUCUUGUCAACAAUUAUAGUCAUAACCAAAGCAUGUUUUUCGAUCAAUUCGUCCACUCAAUGAUCAAGAUGGGCAAUAUCAACCCCUUGACUGGGAACAAUGGAGAAAUAAGAUUAAAUUGCAGGAAGGUCAAUAAUGCUAAUUAGAAGAGAACCUGAAAGAUGGUGUUCCAUUAUUGCAUUUGAGCUUGAAGCAUCGAAACAGAAGAAUGCCACUAUCCCUAACAGCCUCGCCAAAAUGAACCAUUUUAUCACUAGGUUAAAGAAUA